UUGACCACCUACUCACAAACACAAGUGACAAACUGUGAAACCGUUUGUUACAGAUCAGCCCUACUGACUACGCCGACUCGCAAGUCUACGGUUCUCAUGGUGCAUCAGGGAAAGUUCGAAAAAUACUAUACGAGGAAAACGCUUUUCAUGUGAUCUUUUAAAGGUUGAAUUUAUCAAGAUCAGGAAAAAGGACAGUCAAAAGUCGACUCGAGUGACGUUCUCGUACUUUGACAACAGCGAUCUCUUGUGAUCUGUACUGUGUACCACAGAGCCCUACUUGCAGUCAUGUUUCUUCGAGGUGAUAACGGUUUUUGGAAAUCCCGACGGACUAUCCCAAACGUCAGCUGUUUUGUUCAGAGCGUUUACAGCCUUAUGAUGUCAUCUAAACUCGUAGCGGUUCAAUGUGAGGCUGCAGCACUACUGGUUGAGUUGUCGACGGUUCCACAGGUGCUAGAGGGUGUUGAAAGGUGCUAUAUCAAGAUUUUGGCUCAAAAAAACGUUGACGAUACCUUGAAGAAAAUCGCUCUCGAAAGACUGAAAAACGUCCAAGAAAAAAGAAAAUCAUCCUCACAGAGUCAAAAAAGGCGGAAAAGACUUGUCAAAUUAUAGAGAACGGAAAUUAAGGAUCAAAAUUCAUCUAUAAAAAUGGAGUAAACGUUCCAAGAUGGCGAGAGGGGAAUGUUUUGUGGUGCUGUUCUCAGCAUCCAAUCAGAAAGAAAUACGUCACAAGAAGCCAAUCGAUAUUCAAAGAACAAAGAGAAAACUAUUUGACACGCGCGAAAAAGGCACGUGACUGAGCGAAUGGUGUCAGUUUGAGCAUAGUUACUAUGGUAUGAGGUGGCACGAGUUUUCUAGACCAAUCAGAACGCAAAGUAAUGUUCACACAUUUGAAAAUACUCAAAUGAACUUAUGCCCUCGUGAUUUCUUCACUUUUUCUGGAGUGGCAUUAUCAGGCUGUACAUUCUGUUUAUUGCGUUAAAAAAAAAAAAAGUAUGACGAAGCUCA